UCUGCACCAGGUUUCAGGAAAUGACUAGUUACAGCAGUUUCCUGUCUAUGCAUUCUGCGGUCUCUAUUUAGAAUGAUGCUAUUGCAGAAAGACUUCAAAAGCAUGUGAUUAUUUAUUUACUAUUGAGAAAGCAAGACACUUUUGUCAAUUAAGUUAGUGACCCGUCUGUACAACAAGAAAAUCACCUCGAAAGGUAGAAAGCAGGACUUGAGGAAUGGGGAGCUGCAUUCCAAAAUCUGCAAGGUGAGCUAACAUUAUUAUUUCCCCAAAAGUAUUUUAGUUCUAAUUGCAUCAUUAAGGCAGUAGAAGACAGGAAAGGUGACAUUAGUACAAAGUGUUAUCCCAUAGAGUAUAAAAUAAUUCGCCUGUGGAAUAUAACACUGCUAGUACCAACGUGGGCGCCAAAAUAUAAAACUAAUGAGAUUUAUGCUCACCCUGUAUAUUUGGGGUAUAGCUAGGCUCAUUACGGACCCUGUAUACCUGGGGUAUAGCUAGGCUCAUCACGGACCCUGUAUACCUGGGGUAUAGCUAGGCUCAUUACGGACCCUAUAUAUUUGGGGUAUAGCUAGGCUCAUUACGGACCCUGUAUACCUGGGGUAUAGCUAGGCUCAUCACGGACCCUGUAUACCUGGGGUAUAGCUAGGCUCAUCAGAGACCCUGUAUACCUGGGGUAUAGCUAGGCUCAUUAAGGACCCUGUAUACCUGGGGUAUAGCUAGGCUCAUCACGGACCCUGUAUACCUGGGGUAUAGCUAGGCUCAUCACAGACCCUGUAUACCUGGGGUAUAGCUAGGCUCAUCACGGACCCUGUAUACCUGGGGUAUAGCUAGGCUCAUCACCGUCCCUGUAUACCUGGGGUAUAGCUAGGCUCAUCACGGACCCUGUAUACCUGGGGUAUAGCUAGGCUCAUCACGGGCCCUGUAUACCUGGGGUAUAGCUAGGCUCAUUACGGACCCUGUAUACCUGGGGUAUAGCUAGGCUCAUUACAGACCCUCUAUACCUGGGGUAUAGCUAGGCUCAUUACAGACCCUUUAUACCUGGGGUAUAGCUAGGCUCAUUACGGACCCUGUAUACCUGGGGUAUAGCUAGGCUCAUUACGGACCCUGUAUACCUGGGGUAUAGCUAGGCUCAUCACGGACUCUGUAUACCUGGGGUAUAGCUAGGCUCAUUACGGACCCUGUAUACCUGGGGUAUAGCUAGGCUCAUUACGGACCCUGUAUACCUGGGGUAUAGCUAGGCUCAUUACAGACCCUUUAUACCUGGGGUAUAGCUAGGCUCAUUACGGACCCUGUAUACCUGGGGUAUAGCUAGGCUCAUCACGGACCCUGUAUACCUGGGGUAUAGCUAGGCUCAUUACGGACCCUAUAUAUUUGGGGUAUAGCUAGGCUCAUUACGGACCCUGUAUACCUGGGGUAUAGCUAGGCUCAUCACGGACCCUGUAUACCUGGGGUAUAGCUAGGCUCAUCACGGACCCUGUAUACCUGGGGUAUAGCUAGGCUCAUUACGGACCCUGUAUACCUGGGGUAUAGCUAGGCUCAUCACGGACCUGUAUACCUGGGGUAUAACUAGGCUCAUUACGGACCCUGUAUACCUGGGGUAUAGCUAGGCUCAUCACGGACUCUGUAUACCUGGGGUAUAGCUAGGCUCAUUACGGACCCUGUAUACCUGGGGUAUAGCUAGGCUCAUUACGGACCCUGUAUACCUGGGGUAUAACUAGGCUCAUUACAGACCCUUUAUACCUGGGGUAUAACUAGGCUCAUUACGGACCCUUUAUACCUGGGAUAUAUCUCAGCUAUUUACUAACCCUGUAUAUAUGGAAUAUAACUUGUCUCCUUACUAAUCCCACUUAAACACCAGGCAAAAUUCCAUGUCAAAGAUAUGCUCAUAGAGAGAAGUCAGUAGCUGAUAUUCACAAUAUAUACGUGGUCGUAGCUUGUUUAUGUGUCUAUAAUACAUUGAAUUACAAUUUAGCUAUUUUAGAUAUAAAAUAAGCUAGACAGUGGAUGUUUGUGUUUCUACCCCAGGAGUGUUCACCGUUGUCCUCGAGAUGAUACAUUAGUAAAUAAUGCUUUGCAAUUCUAUAUCUGAAAUCUGCCAACUGCUGGGACUGACCGUUUCAUUUUAGUACAUUGUAUAGAUUAGAAAUAAAUGCAAUAUCAGUACAUUUUAAGUAUUAGACAAUACAAAUACCCACAUUUGGGGUUUUUAUAUGGUUUCUGUUUAACAAGCUGUGUAGCUUUUCCUGUUAUUUUAAGCCAUGAGGCAGCUCAGCCAUUUAUAAAGCUCAGUUACGUUUUUUGGAGUGAUUCUCGGACAUGCGCUUUAUUUGCAGCUUGCUGUUGUAAAACACCACACUUAUUACAUCAUCACACAGAUCUAAAGGCAUAAAGGGAUAACCCUAAUGGUUUUGAAGAAGGAGACGUGAUGGGCUUAUGGAGUAAAAUUCAUUUAAAAAAAAAAUAAAAUAAAAAAAGUAAAAUAUAUACAUGUUAGGUGCACAGCGAAGGUUAGGGUACAGUUAGUUUUGUAUGCUAGUUAGUUAGUAGCAGUUUUUUUUUGAGGUUUGGGCAGUGUCAUGAGCAUAUGACAGCCAUCACAAAAAGCAAUGUUUCUUAAAGGGACACUGUGAUCACCAAUACAGGUUGAAUGCAUUUAACAGGUUUUGGCCUCUUUACUAUACGUUAGUUUUUGCAUGCUUAAUGGGAUCCUAUAGCGCCAGGAAAACAAAGCCAUUUUCCUGGCACUAUAGGUUUAAUGGUACCACCCCCCCCCCCUCGAUGUCAGUUACUUACUUGAACCCAGCGACAAUGUUUCACGGCGCUGGAUCAGGCUCCGCCGAUGUCAGCCCGGCGUGGGAGACCUAAUGUGCAUGCUUGCCUAUGGGAGAAAUUUGAUGCUAGGGUCCUCAUGCAAAGUGUGAGGGCGUCCAGCGUCAUAACAGAACCGAAGGUUCAUUUGGAUUCCGGAGCGCCUCCAGUAGCUGUUUGAUAGACAGCCACUGUGGGCAGACUUAGAGCUGAAAUGUAAAUGUUGCAGUUCUGUGGAACUGCAAUGUUUUUGUGCAACACUAAGUGCAAUAGGGACACUGCACCCAGACAUCUUUAAUGAGCUGAAGUGGCCUGGGUUGCCUACAGUGUCCCAUUUAAUCUACAAACAAAAGUUUUGCAGAAUGCUGCAUCAUAAGCCUGCCUCUUUAACCAUGCACCCCCACUCUAGAAAUAGGCUUCCUUGUCAAAUGUAUGAACACAGCUCAGCCACUGACAAUACUGAGUAAUCUGAACAACAAAGCAACCUGCCAUGGAAGGAGAGGACACCCAGGGAGACAUAGUAAGGGUAUUGUGACAAAGUGCCCUUCGCCACCUGUGCCUGGAGAGGACUGCUUGCCCGCCUCUUGCCCUGUGACUAUGGCCCCUGGGAUGUAUUGCCCUUUAAAGACAUGAUUUGGGCAUAAUGGAUUUGUGUUGUGCUGCUGCUGGCCCUUUAAGAACCAUCUAGGGACAUACUGUGGAGUUACUGGGUGGCCACCAUUUCCUGUAUCAGAAGCACAUGGUGAGAACAAUGGAUGGCGGCCAUUUUAACUCACAGACACUGUUUGGACUUUUCAACACAGUGCCAUCUCGCCAGUAUUUGGUGCACAGAGACAUCGUGUAGUGGUUUUGGACUAUACAGCAGGGGACACAUUAUACAGUGAUUGUUUUUCAUUUAGCCUGUAUAUGUUCUGCAGAAUCUGCAUUAAACUGUAUUUUCCAAAGUACUGAACGGAUCUGGGUAAAUUUUGGAUAUGUGGUUCACCCAGAUCCCCCGGUUCCAAGGAUAUACUUUUUAUGGGGUUAUUGCAUGUUUUGGGGUCCCUGUGUGUUUUAUGAAACUGUAUUGUUUCUGGCCAGCAGAUAAUUGAGCUUUGUGUAUUGUAGAAACUCAAUUAUCUAGCCUGGCCCAGAGGAGGAGUUUUGUGUUGCAUAAAUUGUGAGUUCUGUGUGCCAGUAAUCAGUCUUGUUCCAGCAUUAAGCCUUGGCUCAUGUUUGGGGGAAGGGAUACCUACACUCUGGGGAUUGCUAUAAUCACUUACUCCCCAGAGGAAGCUCUUGCAAUAGCUUGAGUUGUUCCUGUUCCUGCUCUCUGGGGAAAGAGAGGUUCACCCACUGGAAGCUGGAUCCUGGCCAUGGGUCCAGGGUGGGUGGAAACAGCAGAGACCCCUGCGCAGUUGCAUCGCUGGAAGUGGGGUCUGCAGUGCUGAUGGUGUCGGUUGGAGUGCUUGGAGUCCUCAGCGAGCACUAGGAGCAUCGAUUGGCGGAGGUACUCAGUCGGAGUGCCAGCGUUCCGUCACAGGUAUAACUACCUGUUUGUAGUUUCUCUGUCUGCCUUUGAUUCUAAAGCCUUUCUGGCAUGGGCGGGCAUGGCUAAGGAGACAGGCUUAUAGUGCAGAAAACAUUUAGUUUUUUGAGUAACAACUAUAAAGGUUUGAACAUGUAAACAAUACAGCACAUUAAUGAGGCCAAAAAAAAAAAAAUCAAACGCGUGAAAGUUGUAUUGAUGCCCCUUAAAAUAAAAACACAGGAUAUUAAGUGCCUGCCUGCCACCAUUUCCCAGUUAGGGGUGGGGUUUGUCUCCAUGAUAGUAUCAAAUGUAUCAAAGCCAUAAAAACUAAUUUAAUACUACAAUCCCUCAAAGGGAAUCUGUCAUUUCCCAAUAGUGUAGCUAUGUGGCGUGAAAAAUCUAAGUAGAGAAAUCCACACACACCACUUUAUCCUCCUACUUGGCGUCCAUGUCAAUCACUGUUAUAAGUUCUGUCAGUCAGAAUAGAGAAUACAGAGGAGAGAGCAAAUUAAACAAUAUCUAUAUUUCUGUGUGAGCCUUGGCUGAGCCUUAACUGAACUGGAUAAUAAUGUAAUUUGCUAAACCAUUAAAGGGACACUGUAGACACCCAGCUCAUUGAAGUGGUCUGAGGGAAGUGUCCCUAUCACACUUAGUCCUGGAAUGUAAAGCAUUGCUGUUUUUGAGAAAUUGCAAUAAUUACAUUCAGACAGCCACUAGAGGUGCUUCCUGGUGGCUAACUGACCUUUUGUCGCUGGACGUCCUCACGUGCUUUCCUAUGGGAAGGCCUUAAUGAGCUUGCAGUGCUCACCGCACAUGCACAUUAGCCCCAACCCCAUCAAAUAACGCUGGAGGAGGCAGAGCACUGCCUUACCACCGAAGGUGAUCGGAGCUGGGAUUGGAUAUGCGUACACAAAGGUUUUUUUGUUUGUUUGUUUUAUUCUUUAUUUUUUCCUUCACUCAGCAUGGUAGUAAUACAGAGCAAUAAGGAAACACAACAAUAAGUACACAUAUAAGUACAAUCUUGGAAGGCAUCAGGUUGUCAGGUUUACAAAGACAUGAGUGAGGUGUUUUUGAGAAUGAUAAGAAAUAUUGAACGAUAAAGGCGAAAAAUGUAUGAAAAACCAAGGUGGUGACAACUAGUUAAGGCUCAACCUGUUAACCUCUUGUGGGCUUUCAUGCAAGUUUGUAGGGGAUUCACAGGUUUGGCAAUGCUCAUCAAGGGGCACUUUUCCCUCUUUGCACCCAUGCUAGUACUCGAAAGCUUACAACGUGUAGUAAGUAAAUUAGUGGGGCUUGUUAGGUUAAGACUAGCCACCACCAGCUUUUACCCAACGGCUGCAUAAUCUUGGAUGUCUCAUUGUUUUACGUUAGAAAGACACAUGUCAAUAUAGGAAAUAAAUGGUAGCAUAAUGGUAACGGAGAAUAAAACAAGCUUUAGCAUAUUGUGGUGUUGCGAACCAUGCUGGGAGCCAGUUUAUGGUGGUGGAAAGAGGGAGUUCUUUGGAUUCUAAAGUUAGUCCCCGACUCUCUCUGUUCUUCAUGUCGAGUCUGAGAUGGCCGCACGAUGAACUCCGCUAUCCUAGCAGGAUUCAGGUGGGAAAGUCCUGUGCUUUUCCUACCCAUGUGGUCAACAAGGCUUAACUUUAGCAGGAGGGUUUCCUGUUCCGGAUAGCUGCGAGAUCUGUAGGCAGUCCUCUGGUGAGUGAACAGGAUCGCCUUCAGUGUUUCCCAGUGAUAGGGUAUGUCCCUAAGGCACAGCUGUGCCACGAGAGGCUCUAGGUUUUUUUUUCUCCAGGCAAGCGUGUGUGAGAUCUAGGAACAUCGAUAGAGUGGACCCUUCAAAGGUUAAGGGGUUCUUCCCUCGGGCCAUGUUUUGGAUCAGGGCUUUUUCCUGGAGGGACUGGAGCCUUAUAAUAAGUCUGCAGAAGCUGCUGCGGGUGCCGUCUUCGGCUUUGGGAAGCGAAACAGUUCAUCAAGUCUCAGUGAUUUUGCCUGUUUAGGCGGUAGGAGGACUGCAAUUAGGCAUCGGAUGUAGUGUGUCAAGUCAGUGAGGCCGACAGACUCCGGAAUUCCAAUUUAAGUUAUAUUUUCUCUGUUGGUCUCCAAGGUGUCCAUCCUUUCAGCAAUGGUAAGUUGUUGCUGCUUUAGUUCCUAAAUCUGCAGUUCGACCGAGGUAAGUGUGGUAUCGUGGGUGCUUACAAAUAGGCUCAGCAAUAUGUGAGUUUGACCAAGUUGGUUUUUGUUUAUUAUACUUGGUAUUAAUAUACUACACUAUGGUCUAUAUUCUAUGUUUUCUUGCAGAUCAUAAGUGAAUGUACAUACUACCUUCAAGAUUUUAAGUGGUAGUAUUUAUUGAGUGGGGUGUUAAGUCACCUGUUGUGCGACUUAAUUUUAACUGGACAAUUUGAAGCUGCUAAGAGUGCUUAUAUUACUUGAUAUAGUAGUAGCAUUAAAAUGUGAAUCCAUCCAUAUGGAAUCAAUAAAAAAAGAGAAAAUAAAGAAUAAGUAAAAUAUAUAAACAUGCAGACAGUCAGUAAAAGUGCUGCUUAUUUCUGAAACCGUGACACUUUGAUAUAGUUGUAUCAAAUGAAGAGCUUCAUGGUUGUGUCUCUUUCCCCAGUGGAUUGUAUACACGUCUUUACACUCAGAUACUAUAGCUUAUCGAAGAAUACAGACAGUGUGCAGAGAAAAAAAUGAAAAUACUCUGUAUUAAACAACAGCUGCUGUUGUGACAGAGUUAAUAGAAUAAGAAACAAGCAAAAUGUUAGACUAGCAAUACUAUGUGCUUCCAUUAAAGUAACUGGCCCCAAAUGAAGUAAAGGGGAAUACUGUCUUCAUAUACAGAACCUGAAACAGGGAAGUUUGCAGUAAAAUGACGUAGUAAAGAUAGAAUGAAAUAGAACGGUUAGAUAAGAGAUAACGUAAAACAGAAUCCACCAACAAUCUAUGCUGUGUCCCGUCACAAUCACUUAGUGCUAUCUACCUUAAUCACAAUAAUGUGACUGACUAUCAAAUGGCCCUACGUGUACUUCCAUAACUGUUGGUUAUUGUAUCAGGGGCCCCUGGGUAGGAGAAGCUAUCCUAUUCCGAGGGCUUGGAGCCGUGACUUAAAGCUGCGCUCCCAAUCCGUCUUCUAUUAGUAAAACAUAUCGGGGGCUAAUUCAAGGUGGGAACUACUGUAGGCACUCAAACAACGUCAAUAAGAUAAAGUAGUUGUAGUGAUCACAGUGUCCCAAUGAGAAAUCAUGUUGUGUUAUCAUACACCAUCUGGUUGGUUUGUUUGUUUUUAUAAUGAGAUGUAUAAUCUGGUUUAUAAGACAGGGGAAUUCUUACAAACAAAAUUUUAUACACACAAAACAAAAACAAAAACGACAGCAAUAAUAUGGGGACUAUUGGAUGUUUUUUUCGUGAAACAUUUUUUAAAUGGUUUCUUGUAAUAGUAAACAUGUAAUUGUGAACUUUCACUAGGUUAUUUUCAUAAUAUGGAUUUACAGGGGAAUUUCAAAUGACAUAGCAAAACACAUUCUAACCAAUAAGUAUUAUGUAUUUUUAGCUCAUAUAUUGUAAACAUUGGCCUUCUGCCAGGUACAAUAAUAAUUUAAAUAAAAUAAUAGAAGUAAAUAAAUAAAAAAGUAAUAAAGUAUCCUUCCUGAUAGGAUUUACCUCUAUAGGAUCCAAGGUUUCAAAGGGUAUACACAACUAUAGAGUUAUUUACUAGAGUGACAAUUCAAAGUUUAUCUCACAUUUAGUGCCAGAGAAGCGGAUAUGAAAGCAUAGCUGAAUUUUGACAGUUUCAGCUGCUAUUGUGACCUUAAACGUGAACUUCACUUCGCAUUCAACUUUGAAUUCGUACUUUUGCGAAUAGCCCUGUUAUUAAUAAAUUAAAAAAACACGCCUGAGCAUGUAGCCAAACACAAAACACUCUCAAGGGUAAUUACGAAAGUGACAGUUGACCGGAAUUCAAAGUGUAUUUCCAGGAUUUACAUUUAAAGGAAAAAUGAAUUAGAAUAUUUUUUUUAUUUUUUAUAAUUUAGCACGUUUUUGCUCUAAAUUUUAAAAUACACUUUGAAUUUAAUUAAAAUUCAUAGCAAUUCUCACGUCAGCAAAUAAAUCUGCUAGAAUUCAGUCGCAGUAAUGUAAACUCUGCUUUUUUUGCAGUGUUUAGAGUGGUAAGGUUGAAGGGACAGGUUAUAGACACCAAAACCACUACAUUAAACUGCGCUGGUUCUAGUGAUUGUUGUGUCCCUUUAACUUGCUCCAGUCAAUUAAUGCAUUCUGGGCUUUUUUCGCUGACAACCAGCUACUGCUAGUGUCAUGUACACCCACUUGGACUCACUGAUUUAGAAUUCUUUAACUGAUCUGUGGUUAAUUGUUUAUUUUUUUCAUUCUUGGUGAGAGACAGUCUGAGUCUUGCGGUGUGACUAUUCCUGCAAUCUCGGCAGAGAUGCAGAUGGCAGAAACUGAUAGGACACUGUUGUUGUCCACAUUGAAGGACAGUCUCCCACGCGACAGACUGGAUGUGUGGGAGAGCUAUGUUCUUCUUGGGGUGGAAGAAGUGUAAGUAGCGGUCCUUCAUUGUGUUAAAACAAAGUGUUUUGGCAGGGCUAGUUACACCACCACAAGACUCAGUCAGGCCAAAACCAUUACAAUGAAAGGAUUUUUUUGAAAAGAAGUUUGUUGACAAUUGAUGACACACUCAUCUGUUCCACGCUUUCAUUUUUUUUUUUAAACCAAUUUUUCAGAUUAAAUUAUUCCUGCUGCUGCUAGAACUCUGCUUUUUGUUAGUUUUAUGUUAAUUUUUUUUUAAAGCGGACAGUCACUCACGCUACAGACAGGAUGUGUGGGACAGCUCUGUUGUUGUCAGGGUAGAAGCAGUGAGUAGGUCAUCAAUUGCACACUGACUUUUUCUUUUCAUUUUUUGAAACAUUCUCAACUGAUCACGACUGAGUUCUCUCACUUUUUUUUUCCAAGAGAUAUAAUUCAUAUUAUGAAUAAUUAUAAUUAAUAUAAUUAAGACACCUCAGAGCUGAAAAAAAUGCUUGCCAUUGUGUAGCCGUUUCCGAAUCUUUUCCCUGAAUCUUUUACAUAGAUGAUAUACGGACGAGCCGAACCACAUGGACGAGUGUUUGAUGACCUGAAGCAAAAAUUUAUUGCAGACAAAAUGGUGUGGCUGAGCCACAUUUUUUUGCCAUACACAUGUCUAGUGAAUUAAAGGGACACAAACACAACUUAAUGAAGCAGUUUCAGUGUAUAGAUCACGCACCUGCAGUCACUUCUCUGUCAUUUAGGAGUUAAAUUACAUUGUUUAUACAACAUUCCUAAAAUGACAGAGAAGUGACUGCAGGUUUAAAGUUUAAACAUUAGCGUUUCUUGACAGGACAUGUUUAGGAAUGCUUUAGGAAUGCUUCAUUAAAACUGUGCUUCAAGGGACACUAUAGUCACCAUAACAACUGUAGCUUAAUGAAGCAGGUAUAGAUAAUGAGACUGAAGUCUCACUACUCAAUUCUCUCCCAUUUCAGAGUUAAAACACCUUUUGUUAUGCAGCCAUAGCCACAACACCCUGCAAGUAAGUGCACAGCCUUCCUAAACACUUCCUGUAAAGUGAGAUCUAAUGUUUAUACUUCUUUUAUUGCAAAUCCUGUUUAAUUUUUAAAAUUUCAUAUCUCCUGCACUGUUAAUACUUUGCUAAAGCUAGUAGGAACCUAAUGCAUGUGAUUAACAUUCAAUUUACAGAGCAGGAGACAAAAACCGCUAAAGUAAGUUAACAUCUGAUUGAAAAUUAAACUAUUUUUUUCCUAAUGUAGACUGUGUGAGUCACAGCCAGGAGAGGUGUGGCUAGGGCUGCAUAAACAAAAACUAAAUUGAUUUAAAUUGAUUUACCUCCUAAAUGGCAGAGAAUUGAGCAGUGAGAGUGCAGGGGCAUGAUCUAUAGACAAAAACUGCUUCAUUAAGCUAAAGUUGUUUUGGUGACUAUAGUGUUACUUUAAGUUUAGAGUGUACCUUGCAUGGGUGCACAAAAUCAAACUCUUAUGAAAGAGCAUACAAGAAUGAAUAAAUCUGUACAUUGUGCAAUCAAGAAGUGAGUGAUAGAGGAGAGCAGGAGAACUCUCCUACUGGCAGAUUUCCUGCACACUGUCACAACAACUACAGCGCAUGCACUAUAGUGGCUGGUACUUUUUUCUCUACUGAGUGGGUCUCCUGGUUCAUCAUUCCAUUCUAAUGCUGACGCACUAACAUAUGAAUGGCAAGUGGAGGUAUCCCUAGGCUGUAAUGUAAACACUGCAUUUUCUCUGAAAAGACAGUGUUUACCGCAAAAAUCCUGAAGGGAAUUAUUAUACUCACCAGAACAAAUACAAUAAGCUGUAGUUGUUCUAGUGACUAUAGUUUUCCUUUAAGUAAUAAAAGAGGUAACAUUCAGCACGCACUACAUCUGCUACUGACCAAAGCAGUCCUGAUACUCAACAUUCAGUGCUGUGUGGUUUUUCUCAAUGUGUGUUCUUCUGUUUCCUUACAUAUAUCUCUUCCUGCCUCCACGUAGUGUGUUUCCUCCUUGGUGUUUGUGUAACUUUCACACUUUGACCAUUAUAUUUGAAUUGGCCAAUCUCUUAUCUUUCUAUCAGCGCCAGAGUUAUUCAGUGUGAAUUAGUGAGCAAGAAAAGUGAUUUGCAAAAUGUUGAUUAAAAGUGACUUUUCAGGUGAAUUUUUCCAAUUUGGCUAAUGUGUCAUAGCAUUUAACAUUCUCUUUGAACUCACAUUUUUAAAGGAACAUUCUAACAUUAAAAAUGAUUAUGUUUAUUUGCUUUUAGACUAUGCACCCUCCCUUGUAAAAUAAAAUAAAAAAAAGACACUUAUUUGCCCAAAUACAAAAUAAAUGAAAUCACUGUUUAGUAGAUAUACCCCAAAUGAAAACUUGAUGCAUUUAAGAAUUUUUUUUGCUGUUAUAUCUAAAAAUAGCUUGCAAAACCUGCAGAUCUCUUAUCUGCAGCCUUUGCAAACUUUCCCCUUCUAACCCCGCCCACACUUUCUGUGGCUGUCCAGUCACAGACCUCCCAGUUCAGCUCAAUGAGAAGUCUUUGCAAGGCAGUUGCUCUGGGCAAUCACUGCCUCUGGGCUAAGAUUAUUCAGUGCUUUAUAGGUAUGGGUUAGCACUUUGAAUUGACUCCUAUAGCAUACAGGAAGCCAAUGUAAGGACUGACAGAGGGGUGAGGUGUGAGAGGACCGACUACAGAGGAAAAUCAGUCUUGCAGCAGCAUUCAUUACAGACUGUAGCGGGGCAAUACGGCUAUUGGGAAGACCAAUUAGGAGACAGUUACAAUAGUCCAUGCGAGAGAUUACUAGAGCAUGGACAAGCUCCUUAAUAGCGUCUUGUGUAAUAAAGGGGCGGAUGCGGGCGAUGUUUUUAAGGUGGAAUUGGCAUGAUUUGACAACAGGCCGGAUGUGCAAGAUUCAGAGUUGUGUCAACACUAACACUCUAACGCUAGGAGAUGAUGCUCAGCUAAUGAUCACUAAUAUUUAUAGAAAUGCCUUCACGUGGCCUUACCAGAAAACAGUAGAUUUUGAUGAAUUAGCAACAAACUUGCAAAAUACAUGGUUCAUUGUAGCUAUAAAUUUAGAUUCACCAGCACAGCUAAAAAAAUUUUUUUUGCUUUUGGGAUUCUGCCCACGGAAGUUACUGUUAAAUAAUUUAAUAAGAUUCCAUUUUGUCUAGUCCGGUCUAUGUUUUGCAAUUAUUGUGUCUGUUAACUACAAUUCACUGUUCAGUAAAUGCAUUCCUUAACCAAUACACUAUUUAUAAGCUGGGACUAGUGAAGAAGCCCCAGUCUAUAUAUGGUUAUAAAUUCACUCCCUUAUUCGUUUUUACAAAGCUCCCUAUUCUGCAGUCCAGCAAUCCUUUUUCUUCAUUACAAAGCCUCCUUUAUUCAAAGCACUGUGGAAUUCCAGAGCGUACACUAGAGCAAUCAGCACCGAACGUGAGUCACUCCUAACAGAUGUUAAGGUGCAAGCACAAGACCAAAAAUUAAUCCGAUGUAUCGCCACGUACGAUGCAGGUUGGGAUUUUAUGAUGGGCACACUAAAGCGAUUUUGGCCAAUCCUGACAUCUGACCCACAAGUCAAACAGGUAGUUACCACGUUUCCCUCUGUGACAGCACGGAGGGGUAAAAACUUACGGGAUACAUUGGUGCAGAGUCAUCUAUCCCCUCCCAAAAGAGGGUCUCAAAAUUAUCUGCCCAAGGGGACAUACAGGUGCGGACAUUGCAGCGCAUGUGAAUUCAUUGAUCAGAAAUCCAAGGAAUUCACCGACAGUAAUAAUAAAGAAACCUUUCCAGUCCGCUCGUUUAUUAACUGUAGGACGGAAGGUGUUAUCUAUUUACUCACCUGUUCAUGUGGCAUUAAAUACGUGGGGAAAACGUUUAGACCUUUCAAAUUAAGGAUAAGGGAACAUGUAAAUUCGGUCAGAAGACCCUUAGAAACUCCAAUUUCACGUCAUUUGAGAAUUCACCAUUUGAAUUCUGCGAAUAAGCUAAAGUUUAUGGGAAUAGAACAUAUCCCACAAACUCAACGCAAGGGUGAUUGGGAUAAGAAACUGAGACAACGUGAAUCCUAUUGGAUUUACAGGCUCAAGACCCUCUCCCCUGCUGGCUUAAAUGAGGGUUUCUCCUUUACCGCUUUUCUCUAAUUUCCUUGAAUUGCGAUGUCUCUCCACAUAUGUUCACUGUCUCUUUCUCCUCUCUCUAUAUUGGAUGAAAAUAAUUUAUAGGGAAUUUUUAUUAGUUCACCGAUGAAUUUAAUACACUACAUUAUAAAUAAACAUACUAUUAUGAUUCCUUUAUUUUGCAAAACUUCCUUUGUUCCCGAACGAUUGUCACCUGGACUUUAUGUCAUCCAUUUCUUUGGAUUGUGAGUCCUCACUGUAACACUCUAAAUUAGCCCCCUGUCAUUACAUCAAUGUAUUGAUAUACAUACUAUAGUAAUUAUCUACUUAUGUUAUUUAAUUCUGUCCAUCAUAUGGACAUACUUAGGGGAUAUGGUUUAUUACUUUUGCAAAUCAUGUAGUAACAUUUGCACCUUCAAUUUAUACUACUUAGUAUUAGUUAUUAUCAGGGUAUUUAACUAUGUCCAGAUCGCUUUUGUCACUUAGUGGCUUACAUUGGGUCCCUGUUUAUGGGGAUCUCAUGCAUGUUUUCAUGUUGACCCCAUGGGGGCAUCACUCACAGUCUUAUCUCUUGUAUUAUGCCCACCCACCCAUGCCAGGAUUGUAUCUGGCGGAUGGGUAGCUUUAUGCAGACAGAGUUCACCACCACCCACUAGUGACUAAUACUAUUCAAUAUUUAGCGAUCUUAAUGAGAGUCCGAACCUUUAUACCGCCACUUUACAAUCCUUACGGAAUAAUCAACCCGAUCUGGAUUUUAUGGGGGUACCACUUAAAUAUUAUGUCCCUCGAUUUAGUUCAGUUUCACGUCACACAACGUGACUGACAAGCGGCAGAUCCAAUUAAUAGACGGACAGGAGGGAUAUACAUUGGACCAAUCGGUAACCAGUAUCUGCGCAUGCACACUGGGUCUUUAUAAACUAUAAAUUGUCAUUUCAAUUUAACCCCCCUCUUUAGUUUUAUACCCUAAUAACGUUUUAGUUUUAAUUUUAAUUUUAAUUCUAACUUCAUUGCAAUGAACUUAAAGUUCUGUGGAUGAAUCAACUUUAUAUCUUCCCCACGUGGGCAUCGUUUAAGUCUCAUUAUCACGCCCCCUUAUUCAUUGUAGCACCGCGUCAUAUGACGCGGUGGAUAAGAGGUGGACUAAAGAGGCAAUUGACCUAUAAGCUUAUAGCAUCCACGGCAGUACACGUGGGGUAUAACAGCUGUUUUCUAUCCCAUACAGAUUGUAACAAGGUGUAUUUAAAUCACUACAGGGAACUUCAAAAGGUUAUUGCUCCUGACGACGGCGUGUUGAAACGCUGAAACGCGCGUCGAGCUUCUUUUUAUUUUAUUUUCUUUGUUUUGCACUUUUUUGGUAGCACUGAUGGAUUGAUUUAAUUUAAUUUACUUUAUCAGUUAUUAUUUAUCCUUGACAGGCAGGGACAGGGUCUUUUGGUAGGCACUGGUGAUUUAUCACAGUGCCGAGGUAACUAGGGAAAGUGGACUUCUAUAGGGGCUUUCUGCCUAAGAUUUAUUCCUUGGGGCAUCUCCUUUUUAUUGCUCCCUACCCCUAUUUUUUCAGUUACCCCUUUUUCCUAUUAGGGCCCCUGUUUUUGGGAAGACUUAGAGGGCGUGCCAUUUGGAUUUUAGACAUUUAGCAGGCAGUUUUUUAGCAACUGGUUUCCUGUGUCUAUUCUGGAAGGCUCUUUUUCGCUAUAUCUCUUCCUACCUGUCCUGCUGUGUGUAUCUUUAGAAUCAUUAAAAGGUAGGGACUCCCCUUUUCCCUUUUUCAUAUUACUCUCCUACUCAGGACUCUUGUGGUCCUUCUUUUUGCUUUAAGUUUUCUCAUUGAGGGUUAUUCCCCAUUUUGGGAGAGUAAUUUCAGGACUACUUAGCACUUAUUCAUCGGUCGGAGCCACGACCCCUGAAUCAGAGCUACCCCUUUUCAAACCUUGUAAAAGACCUACCUUCAGUCUAGAUAAAGGACCAGAUUUCUGCUCAUUAGAGAAGGAUUUGGAUUCCAGGUGCCCUGGGCAGGGUACCAAUAGUAUCAAUCUGUCACGCGUAGCAAGCUAACGUAAUGAUUUACUUGGGACUCUGCAGAACUUUGGGGAUAGCACCCUCCGAUACCUCUACCCUAAGGUCUCAGGCUUCUUAUAGGGCUGUCACCCAGGACGGACUGGUUCCCUACAAUAAUAAUUGUAUUUUUCUACUACAAUAACACAGAGUGAAUAUUUGAAAUAAUGAAUUUAGUGCAAUCGGGGUCCGCAGCACCCCUCUAAGGGUUGCAGGCCCGGACUGGCCAUCGGGCAAACCGGCAAAUGUCCGGUGGGCCUCGAUGGCCAUGGGCCGAAGCCGGCAGGAAAGAUCAACAUAUCUCUCCUGCCGGCCCAUGCAGGGCAGCACCUGCCCAAAGAUGGAGGUUCUGUCCCAUCAUGGGCCGGAGGGGAGAUCGGGCAGUGAGCCGGUCACCCUCCACGCACGCCUAGCAGCUUCCUUUCUCUUCUUCUUGCUAGCUCAGAGAUUAUCAGAGCGUUGUCAUGGUAACCCGCAGCAACGCUCUAAAAAAACUGUGCUCGCGAGAGGGAGAUGGUCUGUACCCUGCGGGGUACAUACUGAAAUUACCUGCUGGCUAGACCACGAGGGUUUUGUGUGCGGCGUGGCCCCCCCUCACUGGACCACCAGAUACCUGCAUGUUUCCUCUCCCCUCUGCACAGUUAUAAUAGGGAGUAAAUGUUUUUUUUUUUUAUUAUUAAAUUAUUAAUUUAAGCCCAUAUCCAACCACAACGUUAUAAAAGGAAGUAAAUGGUACAUUGUUUUUGCUUUACUUUUUUUAAAAAUUAAAUCAUUAAUUUAAGACCAUAUCUAUAUACACCCCCCUCACAUACACACAGACACACACACACACACUGCACCCCCUACACUAACACAGACACACACUGCACCCCCUGCACUAACAUAGACACACACUGCACCCCCUGCACUAACACACACACACACUGCACCCCCUGCACUAACACACACACACUGCACCCCCUACACUAACACACACACACACUGCACCCCUGCACUAACACACACACACUGCACCCCCUGCACUAACACAGACACACAAUGCACCCCCUGCACUAACACACACACACUGCACCCCCUGCACUAACACACACUACACACACUGCAACCCCUCCACUAACACACUACACCCCAUGCACUAACACACAAACCCAUGCACUAACACACAAACACACUGCACCCCCUGCACUUACACACACACACACUACACACACUGCACCCCCUUCACUAACACACACUACAUCCCCUGCACUAACACACUACACCCCAUGCACUAACACACAAACACACUGCACCCCCUGCACUAUCACACAGACACACUGCACCCCUUGCACUAACAUACAAGCAUACUUACACACAAACACACUACAUACUCUACCCCUAUGUACACACUACACCUCCUGCACUUACACACAAACACACUGCACAGAUGCUAUACCUCUCUAUAAAUACUACACACACGCUAUAUCCCUGUAUGCACAUUACACCCUCUGCACUCACACAAACACACUACACACACUCUGUACCCCUUAUAUACACACUAUACACAGAGCACUCACAUACGCACAGUAAACACACUCUAUACCGCCUAAACAAACACUACACUCCCUGCACUCACAUACUUUAUACCCCCUAUAAACACUAUAUAUUACACCCCCUGCAUGCACACAAACCAAUUUAUAUCCCCUAUAAAUACACAUUCUACACCCCCUGUACACACUACACCACCUAUGCAUACAUUGCCGCACCUAUACACAUGUGCUCUACAGCCCGUAUAUGCAUACACACACUAGAGCCCCUAGAUACACUCUAUCUCACCAUGUGAGUGUGCUUCAUACGGAUAAUAUAUCACUCUAUUUGUUUGAGACAUACUGCACCAUAUUCUGUCUAUUUCUUUCCCUCAGACAUUCUGUUGUAUUUUAUCCCCUUAUGUGUACAUAUAAGUGUACAUAUUCAGCGCUCCACUGGUUUUUGUUUGAUGUGGUAAUAUUCCACUAUCUGGUCUACACUCACAAACACACUGUACGGCCUUACAUGCACACACUACAUCCCCUAGGCCCACAUACUCCACAGGCCCUCUAAACACACACACACUUUACAACCCAGAAACUACAGCCCCUAGCCACACGUAGUACACCACAAACAGACCCCUUUACACAUACAAUACAACACAAAUAGUUAUGGUGGUGACAUUACACGUCCCCUUUCCGGCCCUGCCCCUCCUAGUGGGCUACUCUGCCUUGAAUUGCCCGGGCUGAAUUUUUGUCCCAGUCCGGCCCUGAAGGGUUGUCACCCAGGACGGACGGGUUCCCUACAAUAAUAAUAAUUGUAUUUUCCUAUUACAAUAUAGUGAAUAUUUGAAAUAAUGAAUGACAGAAACAUGGCUCUGCGUGUUAUGAAAUGAUCUUAUUAUGGGUUUCUAAUAAAAAUAAUGAUAUGAUGGAUUUAGAGGAACACUCCAGACACCAUAAACACUACAGUCUGCUAAAGACAGUGUAUCUACAUGCAUUGGAAGGGCAUCAGGCCACUACUAGGCUCUAGGCUGUAGUUAAUAUAGUGCCUGCUGUGUUCCUUUGACUGACCCAGUCUAAUGCCCUACAUGACCUGACUUCAAAGAAAUCGUUAUGGUUGUACACUUAGCAGUAAACGCGGUGUGAAAAAUUUUAAAUCCUCCUAUUCCAGGAAAAUUGCAUAAUAUAAAGUUCAUUUCUGCAUAUCGACUUAAAAUGAAACAAGCAUUUUAUCAUGUUUGCAGUUUCUCUUGUUGUUAACGACUCAUGGGAUUUAAUGGGGUUAUUCACUUGAAAUUUAAUAAAAUUGGGAUUUCUCUGACUAUUUUCUUUUUUGUUUGUUUGUAAUAGUUAGCUAAGGUGAAAUUUUUAAGCUGGUUGAUGUAAUUUUGUUUUUCCUUAGGGUGAAUUCCUAAUGGUGAAUUCUCGUAGGUUUAUCCCUUCACUGCCAAAUUCUUGUUGCUUCAAAAAUAAAAAUCGCAUAACAGUUACUUGUAAAAUUGGAUUGCUAUAGGCACCCAAAUCACUUCAUCCCAUUGAAGCAAACUGAGUGCAUUGCCCCUGUCCUCCUAACCCUGCAAUGGAAAUGUGUUUGUAUUGCAGCAUUUUUAAGGAAGAAUACUUAACAUUUUCUAUGUCACACAUAUCAAAAUAAAAUGUUACAUAAUAUGUCUACAAGUAUUUAUAAGGAAAAUUUUGCAUUUUUUGCCCUAAUAUUGUAAAAUAAUAAUUUCUGUUUAUGAUCGGAAUUCUUACAUACAGUAAUUACAGUUGUCCUAUGAAUCUGUAACAUACACGGGUUUGCAGGCUGUAACUGAAGCCCACAAAUUAUCCCUGUAGUGUGUGCAGAUUUAUCCCGUGUUCGUCGCCUCACCUGCACUUGCCUAUAAUAACAUAGGCAUUGUAUUUUACAUAUCUAUAUCUUCGAACUGUGAAGCCUUACAGACAGACAGACAGACAGACAGAUAGAUAAAUAGUGGGAUUUUGGAGCUGGGAGUAAGUGUGUUUAAAUAAUGGAAAAAUUGGAGAAGAGCAUUAGAUAGGAAGGAAAAUGGUAUGAAGAUAAAUAUGAAAUGGAAUAUGGAAUAUUAAGAUAAACUAUUAUCAUAAUAUUAGUAUUGGUAGUAAUUAAUCAAUAGAUAUAAUAAGUGUGUAGGUGGAUUCUAUGUGGAUACAUUGUAUUUACCAUUUUUAAUCACUCACAUUCCUUAUUAUUAUAUGGCUAAAUUAAUAAAUAAAUAGCUUUUAUAUAUAUGUAGUCACUGUAUUGCUGCGUGCUUCCUUAUAUACUAAUAUUAAUAGUAAUGUUAAAUGUACGUUACUCACCGAUUAAUGCAUUUUUUUUUUCACAACAGAAGGACUCUCGCCACGUUAAAAGAAGGUAUUUUUUCUAUUAUUCUGUUUAUUUUUUUUAUUAUUUUAAGUUAUGGAUAAUGAUCCUGUUAACAUUUUAUGACUAUUUAGGGGUUGAUUAGCUAAACAGUGAACUAUGAAGAAUUAACAUGCAAAAGGCAAAAUUGCUGAAAUGGUACAAUACUUUUGCGAAUUUGCUCUAAAUUCAAUACAAUUCAAAACAAAUGAUUUACAUUUAUCUGCCUAUCAUGUAUACUGUAUGUCUUUAUAUAAAAAUAUGUCAUUAUUGUUUAAUAAUUAAUACAUACUAUCUUUAAAAACCCUUAAUAAGUUUACUGCACAUGUGUCCAUUAUGUAUAGCUGGCACUAUAGUCCUGAGGUGGCUGUUUAGAUAACCAGCCCCCUCCGAUCGCAGUAAAAAGGUGAAUUUAUGCUGCACUGCUCCUAUCAACAUCUCCAUGUUGAGGUGCAUUAAAUCAAUGCAUCUCUAUGAGGAGCAUUCAGCACCUCCAUCCAAUGCUGUACAUUGUUCAACACUGGACUAGAAAGCACCUCCAGUGGUUAUUACUACGCACCAAUGUUAACCACUGCCUUUUCUUUGAAAACCACUCUGUAACCCUGCAAAUCCUACCUUCUGUCCUUUUCCAUUGUCACGUUCUUCCCACUCUAGUGUCACAAUCUUCCUAUAAUUCAACGUCACUAUUUCCUCCCAGCUGACCCCAAUGUCCCUAUCUCCCUAUUCCUUCUCUCUUUCUUACCUUAGUGGCACCAUCUUAAAUGGUCAUCCCAUGCUCACCAAGAUGUCCCCAUCACUCCACUCCUCUAGUCAAUCUCACCAUCUCACCACAGUCUCAUUAUCUCCUCACAUUUAUUAGGCUUUCUUCGUAUCGCAAGCCAUUCUAUCUCUUCCCAUGUCACUAGAUGUCCCUAUCUUUACCUCACUUACCCAUGCCUUCAAACCUUUCUGUCCUUGUCAAUGACACAGACUCUUCCUCCCAUGCCCAUGUAACUUGGUCUAUUGUGGUCGCUAACCCAUAUCCUACAUAACUGUGUUUUGUCUUUAGCCUUUUUGUGGUGAUUAUGUGUUUUUAUUGUUGGUGAGUCAAUGUUUUUUGCUAAGUGAAUAGCAUUGGUAUAUAUCCUUUUGUAGUUUAUUUAACUCUGCAAUGUAAACAUUGCAGCGCCUAAAUAGUUCUUAUUUGGAUAUAUGCAAUGACAAAAAAAAAAACCAGAAGAAACUAAUAGUGUAGUAUAUUAAAACUGUUGUUGAUAUAAUUAACAUAAAAAUGUGUACUCACACUUUUAUAGAGCAUUAAUCCAGCUCCAAUUUAUGUGCCUGGGCGGAAAGAGCCUUGCCUAAGGAUAUAGUGUAGUGCAGAUUUUUUUCCAUGGUCAUAAUUGUAAAAGGUAUCAUGUAAUGGAGCCCUAAGAUUGGCUCCAAAAAUAGAAUGUGAAGUGGUAUAAUCCUCACUCAAGGCUAUAGGCGUAGUCAGUAUCUCUCUGUGAGUAUGUAUAUAGAAAGAAACAAAAUAGAACCACAAUAGUGUACACCGUACACCACAAUAGCGUGCUCCUUCCCUCUGUUUUAUCCAGCUUUUAACUGGAAAAGAGAAACUCUGUACUCGGUGAUUAAGCUGCCAUUGGACUGUAAUCAUUUUAUAAGUGCUGAAUUAUAUAUUUUUGUUAUUUAUUUUAUACAAAACUGACAUAUUUUACAUUGCAGGGUUGAAACUAAAGGGUCAUUGCACCCAUACUUCUUUGAGAUUCAUUUGUCUAAGUGGUCUGGGUGACAUUCGGGGUCCUUUAAGGGUUUGCUCCAUUGAAUAUUGAAUUCUAGGGAAUUGAAAUUGCAACAUUUAAGCCACAAACUCACCAACGCAACUAUAGUUUUAUAUUGGUGUAAAUUUUGCCAUUUGGCUUUUAAUUUGCUACAUUUCAGAAUUUAGAGGAUAAACCCAUGGGAAUGGAUAGUCUGUACCGGAUUGGUGUUUAAUUCUUCAAAGGCAAGACAGCUAAAAGCAUAGGAUACUAAGAAAAGUCAGUUUUAGGAUUAUACUGAAGGAGUGAUUUUAAUAUUGGUGCCAAUUUUAUUUUUUUAUGAAUGCCCCCAAAGUCUGUAAUAGUAUAAAACGUGACAUUUAAUACUAUUCAAUGUAUGAAUCCAUAUGGUAUGUCUGUUUAGAAAUUCAUUAUAUUUCAUAUUGCUAAUCUUUCAGAGAAUGCAAAAUCAAUAACAACCUGUUCUUCUGAAAUACAGGUACGUUAUCCAAGCAAAAUAACCAACACAUAUCUACAACAUAAUGAUGACCACACUCGUUUUAUAAACUGAAUCACAACAUACUCUUUAAAGCAGAACUGUCAUAUCAGAGAUAUUGCUGCAUUUUGAUAAAUUCUCUUUAAUUAUUAAAGGGACACUAUAGUCACCUGAACAACUUUAGCUUAAUGAAUCAGUUUUGGUGUAUAGAACAUGCCCCUGCAGCCUCACUGCUCAAUCCUCUGCCAUUUAGGAGUUAAAUCCCUUUGUUUAUGAACCCUAGUCACACCUCCCUGCAUGUGACUUGCACAGCCUUCCAUAAACACUUCCUGUAAAGAGAGCCCUAUUUAGUCUUUCUUUAUUGCAAGUUCUGUUUAAUUAAGAUUUUCUUAUCCCCUGCUAUGUUAAUAGCUUGCUAGACCCUGCAAGAGCCUCCUGUAUGUGAUUAAAGUUCAAUUUAGAGAUUGAGAUACAAUUAUUUAAGGUAAAUUACAUCUGUUUGAAAGUGAAACCAGUUUUUUUUUUCAUGCAGGCUCUGUCAAUCAUAGCCAGGGGAGGUGUGGCUAGGGCUGCAUAAACAGAAACAAAGUGAUUUAACUCCUAAAUGGCAGUGAACUGAGCAGUGAAAUUGCAGGGGAAUGAUCUAUACACUAAAACUGCUUUAUUUAGCUAAAGUAAUUUAGGUGACUUUAGUGUUCCUUUAAUUACUGUACACUCUUUUCUUUUCUAAAUAUUCCUCAAGUUUUUCAUUUAUUUGUUUUUUGGCUGUUCUGGCAAAUGUUGGUAUUUGCUCCAUAUGAACUAUAUUCCUUCGAUUGGUGACCAAUAAUUUAUAUGCACACAAAGAGAUUAAAAUUCAGCCCUAGUGAGUGUGCCGUGGACCGCCAGGCUUGCAAUGAUGAGUAACGUUUAGGUCUGUCUAUUAGCGUAGGAUUUUGAACCUGGUAUAAACAAAUGUAAAUAAUGUUAAGCACACAUAUGUGUAGUGGACAUCUCAGGAAGAUGGAGGAUUGGAUCACCGAGAUAUUGGUUAGUUUCUUCUUAAGUUGAACACCUAAGGCAUUUAUUACGAUGACCAAGAGAGGAAUUGUCUAUAACAAACAAUUGACAAUUCUCCGUUACGCAGGUCGCUCUAAGUCUAAGAUGAAAUGUGUAAUUUCCUCUUCCUCUGUAAUCAUAAAAUGUAAUUAAUCCACAUUAAUUAUCUCUACCAUUUCCUCACUUGCUGCAUGUGCCAUAGAUAAAUGCAGUGUUGGAAGGUGUUUAUAGUUUGUGUUUAUUUGAGUAUUUAUGUGAGUAAUUUGGAACGGUCACAAUUUGUAAUUAAAUAUUUACAUAUCCUACUAGUUGACAAAUGUGUUGUUGUGCGAUAAUAAAACUCAAAUGAUAUGUAAAACUCCACAUCUUCUGCAACUGACCCCCUCCAUCUUAGCUCCCUGCUAAUCAAUUUUUAUUAGCUCUGCCCUUUGUACCUGGCAGUCAGCAAACUGAGAAGAGGACAAAUGGAACAACUGUUCUAUAUAUCUAUAGAUAACAAGUCAAACACAGCCCUGGCCAAUCAGCAUCUCCUCAUAGAGAUGUAUUGAAUUAGUGCAUCUCUAUGAGGAAAGUUCAGUGUCUGCAUGCAGAGGUUGGAGACACUGAAUGACAGUACUGCACAGUGUCCAGCACUGCCCCAUUAAGCACCCCUAGUAGUCAUCUGAGCAGUGGCCAGUGGGGGUAUCUCUAGGCUGUAAUGUAAACACUUUUUCUUUUUCACUUUCACUGAAAAGACUGUGUUUACUGCAAAAAGCCUGAAGGGACUUAUUAUACCAAGGGGUUAAUCAUUUAUAUAACCUUAAAAGAAAACAAAACAUAUUAUGAGAAAAUGUUAGAAAACAAGUUAUAGGUGAUUUUCAGUAUUUUAUUCACCAGUGUGAAUUCUAGAGAAGUGACUGUUUCCCUCUAAUCCCUGUCUGAAUUAAUUUGUGAAUGUAAAGUUUGUGGAGUGCGUAUUUAUAUGAGUAAAUGUGAACACAUGUAUGGUUGUGUGUAAACAUAUCUGUGGCAGUAUUCCAUUCUGUUUGAACCUGAAAUAGACAUCUUCAUACAUUUGAUUGCUGUGUUUUUACAAUGAUGGAGAAGGGCAAGGUAUAUUCAGAAAAACAAAGAGAGUAUUGUGGGUUUUUAAAGCACCUGGAAAAACCCUAUAUUUUACAAAAUCAUAAACUGUGUUGUUGAUACCGUUUCCAAGAAAUAUUGCGCCAACAUUUUUAAACCAGAAAGUACCUGGCAAAAACGUUCGAUUAGAUUUAAUUCUAUUUUCUUGAAUAAUAUUUUCUAGUACUGCUGCUAUCUACUAAAUAGUGACUUAUUUUCAUGUUACAGAUUGAAUCUGGAGAAGAAACGAUAAAAUCCAAUGAGCUACAUUAUGCAACUAUUGACUUUGGAUUUACGGAGUCAAUGAAAGACAAAAGUGCGGAUCAAAACACCACGCCAUGCACCACUUACGCCACCAUAAAAACCAACAAUGAAGACAACGAUGCCUAUGACUAUGUUUUAGUCCAAUAAAUGUCCAUUACAAAAAGAACAAUUCAAUAUAUUUUCAAGAUGAUGUCCGUACAUUUAACAGAUAGAUAAAAUACAUUAACAGUUGAAGUGGAGCCUGUAGAGGAUAACAUGAUCAGUGCACUGUUUGGAAAUACUCAAGUGACUCAACGCAACUUUUUGAUUCUAGAUAAUCUGACAUCCAUUCACCAAUACUUUUCAAAUGCACUCAUCAUCAAGCAGACUGACCUGUGUGGACAUCCUCUGGACAAAGAUUUCCCACUACUUUCACUGUGAUAAAUACUGCGUGUAUUUUGCUUUUUUAUACCAACAGAUAUUCGAUUAGCUUAGAAAUGUAGGAACACUGCAACAUAAUCUCAUUAGAAAAUGAAAUUCAAAUCCAUUGAUAAUCCAAAUGCUAUAUUUAACAGAUAGGGAAUGAUUCUUGUAUCCUCAGUUAUUUUUGUAUUCAUUGUUAAUUUAAGAUGUGAACUCUCCAGAGAUUUUGGUAGAGGUAAGAUGCAGAGUUAGCGCAAGCGUUACGCCAUAAGGUACGGACUUAGAAUAAGGUAAAGUGUUAGAAGUAAGGUAGAGUGUUAGGCCAUUUGACUAAUAUUUUAGAAAUGAGUCAAAUAUAUUUUCUCAGGGCACAAUAUGUACAAUUAAAGGUGAAUCAGAUACUAUGUUUAAAAGGAGUAAAGUGCUAUAAAAAUAUAUUAAAGUGUUAUUUUAAAGAAAGUAAAGGUACUCUGGGGUAAAUUACAAUCUUCGGUUUGAUAGUUUUCAGAAGAUUAACAGCUGCUGAUGAGCUGUUAACAGUGUUAAUGCAGUCACAAUAUCAUUUUAUUCAUUGUUUAAUCAAUGAAAAUUAGUUACAUACAUUAUAUUACACUCAAGUUUAGGCAUAGCAAUCCUUCUAAGGAAGGUGUAGGGCCACAUUAACGCAUCCACAGAAUCUUAGUGAACUUGGCACCUGACAGGACUUGAAAAGUCCUUAAAAUCCAUAUCUAAAAUUUAAGCAAUAUCCUAAAAUAUUCCUGGGUAUUCGCACGUGAGCAGAGUGAACACAAACACGUUUUCUGAUGUGUUGAUGUGUCCAGGCAAACAUUUAAAAAUCGAUAAUAUAUUAAUAACACAUUAGAGAUGUCGCGA